GGACCUCUGCACCCGGCCCCACCUCCGUCUAAAAGAGCAGCAGCCGGGUGCGCGGUUCCAGCGCGCAUUACAGCUGCCCGACCUCCUAUUCCAGUCUUUGGUGGGAGCUCCAGCAUCUCCUUGGCUCGAAAUGGACCCCAACUGCACCUGCACCACUGGUGUCUCCUGCACGUGCGCCGGCUCCUGCAAGUGCAAAGAGUGCAAAUGCACCUCCUGCAAGAAGAGCUGCUGCUCCUGCUGCCCCGUGGGCUGUGCCAAGUGUGCCCAGGGCUGCGUCUGCAAAGGGGCGUCGGAGAAGUGCAGCUGCUGUGCCUGAUGUGGGGACAACUCUGCUCCCAGAUGUAAAUACAGUAACCUGCACAACCUGGAUUUUUUUAAAUACAACCCUGAGCCAUUUUCUGCAUUUCUUUUUAUAUUAAGUAUGUGAAUGGCAAUAAAAGAAUUUUGACUUGAAUCUUA